AUGCCAGGGGUUCCAUCUAGCCGGGGCUGCGACGCAUGUCGCAAGGUGAAAAAGAAGGUCCGAAUCGUCUCCACGUGCGAUCAACUUAAACCGACAUGCUCACGUUGUUCGCGUCUAAAGCUCGCGUGUGUGGGGAGUGGGCAACAGCGAUACAUGUUCAAGAAUCAACCUAUCAAAGUGACGCAAACACACAAUGGGGCUCUUCAAAAGUCGCGUGGCCCUUUUCAAGAUGAGAUCAUAUUCUCUUUUGGUACCCCACCGAGUGUGCUUAACACGGCCACUGGCAGGCUGGCAGCUGCAUUUGUGGAAACUUUGCAGAUCACCGAUGUACGAUACGCCGUUACUUACUAUGGUCCAUUCCUGAAGGAAAUCCCACAACGACUGGGUAACAGUGCCGUGCUAGACUCGGCCGUGAAGGCAGUUUCUACGGCAUAUCCCUUUAUCCACAAAGGCACAUUCCCGCCUGCUGCACUGGUCCAUUAUGGCCAAUCGUUGCGAGCUUUAAGAGAUUGCCUAAAUCAUCCAUCAGAGGCGCGGACAUCGCAUACUCUAUGCGCUGUAUACUUGAUCACCAUAUGCCAGAGUUGGCUCGGAAAAGUCGACGACACCUUGACUAGCCACAGCGAGGCCAUUGCUUGUAUUCUCAAGGCUUCUUCACUGGGUGAAUGGAAAUCUCACUUUGAGAUGGAGAUGGUCAUCACGCUUUGCAUUCCUAUAAUCCUUGAAGGAAUCGUCAAUCCUCGAAUCAAAAUGGACUCUGCAUUCUGGGAAAUGAUGACCUCGUAUAGAAAACGGCUCCAUCCGGAAAAUUUCGAGAAGAGCCAAAAUUCAACUCAAUUGCAUCAUCUCGCCAUGCUCCCACAAUUCGUUCAAGACCCUGAUGCACAUAUCUUCGAAAUCGCAAAAAUGCAUAUUCAACUAAAGAAUGAUGCCCAGAUCAUCAAGCCUGCUUUGGAUCAGUAUUUGACCUUCAUUCCGAACUCUUUCUCCACCGCCGAUGUUGCAAGACACUCACGUCUCCAAGCCGCUUAUACAAUUGUUUGUACGUUGAGUGCGCUUUUAAACACUCUUCUUCGGCUUUUCAACCCGGCCAACCCCAGCUUGGAGGCUGAGUGUGCUUUUCUUUGCGGUGAGAUCCUCAUACAGGGUGAACUGGCCUGUUGCUACCGACCUAUGGGGUCAGCGUACAUGCCCCUCUCUCUCGUCGUGGCCUGGGCUUGCACGAACGACAUCGUUCAACUGGCAAAGAUAGAAUCUCUUCUUGCUGACUAUCAGUCUGACUUUACGGAACUGCCCUGGAUGAAUCGCGGUAUUUGGUUGGCUUCUGUGUUGAACGGCCACCGCGAGCGGAUUGCUUCGGAUUUGGCGGGGAGCACAAUCCUCUCUCCCAGUUCAGCCGAUUCAAAUGAGCCCCGCGGAGAGACUUGCUGUAUACUCUGA